ACCACCAAAACACCAUUGACUAAUAGGUAUCAAACGAUUCCAUCACAACACGCCCUUCGAGGCACCAGCAACCCCAACCUAUUCACAAUGCUUCCCCUGGGGCUCCUGACCGCGGCGCAAGGCCACCCGAUGCUAGUCGAGCUCAAGAACGGCGAGACGUUGAACGGCCACCUAGUCACAUGCGAUACCUGGAUGAACCUCACACUGAAAGAAGUGAUCCAAACGAGCCCAGAGGGUGAUAAAUUCUUUAGACUUCCCGAGGUGUAUGUGAAAGGGAAUAAUAUCAAAUACCUGCGCGUCCCGGACGAGAUUAUCGAUUUGGUGAAGGAGCAGCAGCAAGCGCAGCAGGGCGGCGGGUAUAGAGGGCGAGGAGGCGCGCAGAGAGGGGAUCAUGGAGGCAGAGGUGGGGAUAGAGGGAGGGGUGGCAGGGGCGGUAGAGGAAGAGGGAGGGGGAGAGGCUCAUGAGGUGCGCGUGUGGGAGUUGUCUUGGCUAUGAUAUGAUGGGUUCUUGUCUGGUGUAUUACUCGCUG